CAUGUAUACAGGCACUAUUUCAGUAAUCUAUGGUCCAAUGGUAAAUGUAUUAUAAUAUUUCAGUUUUCUGGUAAAACAAGUGAACUAAUGAGAUUGGUUAAGAGAUUUACAAUUUCUGAAAGAAAAUGUGUUGUUUUAAAUUAUGCAAACGAUAACAGAUACUCAGAAGAAUAAUGUAUUUCAAGUCAUGAUAAGUAUGCUGUUUAUUUAAAAAAAUGAAGACAAUAUUUAAAAGCCGUAAAAGUAUGCAAAUUGAAUGAAGCUUAUGAUAAGUGUAAGGAAAGUGAUGUUGUGGCUAUUGAUGAAGGUUAAUUCUUUUAAGAUGUAAUUAAAAUUAAUAAUUAUAUAGAUUGUGGAAUUUAGUGAGAAAAUGGCAAAUUUAGGAAAGAUUGUUAUUGUAGCAGCUUUAGAUGGAACCUUUGACAGGAAACCUUUUCAUAAUAUUUUAAACUUAAUACCUUUAGCAGAACGCAUAACAAAAUUAACUGCAGUAUGUUGGUUUUGUAAAAGAGAAAAUGCAUCAUUUACUAAAAGAAUAGUAUAAUCAUAAGAGAGUAAAUAAAAUAAAUAAAAUUUUAGUUGAAUUGAUUGGUGGUGAAGAUUGCUAUAAACCAGCAUGUAGAUAGUGUUUCCAUUUAGCUGAAAAUCAAUUGAAAAGUCAAUCUAUUCCACAAUCAAUAUAUGUUAAUUAAGAGAAUCAUUAUGAUCAAAAUAAUUUGAUUUGCUGAGC